AAUUUUAAUUCAGUUUUCGAAACAACUCGAAACUCGACUCAACGACAAAUUCUAAAUUUUUGUUUGCCAGCUGUGCGCCCCGCUCCUUGGCAGAUUUUUAAGAAUGGCUUCGCCACAGCAAGAAUUUCCGGAAGCCUAUGAGAUCUGCAAGCAGUUCACGCUAACCGAAGAGCAAAUGUUCGAGGUUGUUGAGCGGCUGAGCAAAGAAAUCGAAAUGGGCCUACGGAAGGAAACGAAUUCGCGUGCCACGGUGAAAUGCUAUGUUACGUACGUACAGGAGAUACCCACAGGCGAGGAGCGGGGCAAGUAUCUGGCCCUGGAUCUGGGCGGUUCGAAUUUUCGUGUUUUAUUGGUUGAUCUUAAAAGCGAAACAGAUGUUGAUAUUCAGUCUAAGAGCUUUCUCCUGGGUAAGAAUCUGCUGAUUGGCUCGGGCAAAAGACUUUUUGAUUAUAUUGCCGAGUGCCUGGCCGAAUUUUGCAUAGAGCAAAGAAUUGCAUGGGAUAACCUGCCACUGGGCUUCACCUUUUCGUUUCCAUGCAAACAGACGGCCAUUAACAAGGGCGUCUUGGUCAACUGGACAAAGGGCUUCAACUGCCCAGACGUUGUUGGCCAUAAUGUUGUCCAAAUGCUGCAAAAGGCGAUCGACAGCCGUCUCGAUCUCAGAGUCAGGGUUGUCGCCAUACUAAGCGAUACGACGGGAACCCUGAUGGCCUGCGCCCACAGGAAACCCAACUGCCGCAUUGGCCUGAUUUUGGGCAAUGUAUGCAAUGCUUGCUAUAUAGAGAAAACAAAGAAUACCGAAAUGUUUCAGAGGUAUGAGACUAGCCGCAAGGCGAACAUGAUCGUCAACUGUGAGUGGGGAUCCUUUGGCGACAAUGGCGUAUUGGACUUCAUACGCACAUCCUACGAUAAGGCCAUGGACCAGCUGACGCCCGAUCCGAUGACGCAAACCUUUGACAAGUGCAUCUCUGGCGUGUAUCUAGGCGAAAUAGUGCGUCAAAUCGUACUGGAUCUGAUGAGAAAAGAUGUCAUUUUCAAGGGUCUCAUGUCGCAGGCAAUUCAGACGGAAUGGAAGUUCGAGUCUCGCUUUAUAACUGAGAUUGAGUCAGAGGCAGCUGGUCAGUACCGCAGUACCGCCAUGGUCCUGAAUAGCCUGGGCAUCAGAACUUGCAACGAGAAGGAUCUCGCCUGUCUGCGGUAUAUCUGCGAGACAGUAACAACGCGUUCCGCUCAGCUCGUGGCCUGCGGAAUCGUCUGUCUGAUUAGAAAGAUGAAUGUCUGCAAGUCGUCAGUGGGUAUUGAUGGUGGAAUGUAUCGUUAUCAUCCGAAUUACCAUAAGCUGCUAGUUAAGAAUAUGAAUAUGUUGCUGAAGUGCUCAGCCGAAUUUGAGCUAGUUCUAUCCGAAGAUGGCUCGGGGCGCGGUGCGGCUCUAAUAGCUGCCAUAUGCUCAUGUAAAUGAAUUGCAAUUUUCGGCAACAAUUUCGUUAAGGAUCCUUACAGCGACUGAAGAUCGAAAAAAUGGGCCAAUCAAUUUCAUAUAUAUCUAUAUAACUCUGAUAGCCUCCGCCCACAGGCAACCCAACUGCCGCAUUGGCCUGAUUGUGGGCAAUGCCUGCUAUGUGAAGAAAACAGAGAAUACCGAAAUGUUUCAGAGGUAUCCUGUCGUAGACCAUACAGACCGAAUUGAAGUUCGAGUCUCGCUUAGAUUAAGUCAGAGUCGCUUGGUUAGUACAGCAAUAACGCCAUGGUCCUAAAUAACCUUCGGUAUAUGUGCGGAACGGUCGCAACGCGUUCCGCUCAGCUCAUGGCCUGCGAGAUCGUCUGGCUGAUCAGAAAGAUGAGUGUCUGCAACUCAUCAGUGGAUAUUAAUGGUGGAAUGUAUGUACGCUAUCAUCCGAAUUACCAUAAGCUGCUAAUUGAGAAUAUGGAAAUGUUGAAGUGAUGAUGAAGUGCUCAGCCGAAUUCGAGCUAGUUCUAUCCUAACACGGCUCGGUAAUGUAAAUAAGAUAGAGAAUUUCAAAAACAAAUUGGUUAAGGAUGCUUACAGCGACUAAGGAUCGUACAAAUAAGCCAAUCAAUUUCAGAUAUUUGGUAUGACUUUAUUUGAAAAACGUUCAAGUAUUUUCAAUAUGAUGCAUUCCACUUGAUUUUCUGAAACAGCCAAUUAAGUUAAAUUUUUUUUUUUUUGAAAAAAUAUAAAAAAUAAAUUACCAUAAAAAUAA